CUUCAGCUUCGAAACCCACCCGUUUGUUCGGCCGUGUGUUUGUGUGACUCCGUGCGAGAACUCGAGACCACUACCAUCGCUACAUACCUCUCCCAAACCCCCACUUCUGUCACAACUCGGUUUUCUAAAUACCGACGUCGUCAUCACUAUGGCGACCGAUUCGAGUGUUUCUGUAGUUCAGAUUUUAGGCAAGGACACCAUCCAGGUUGGCUACGAUCUGAACAAGACGAUUGCGGCCGAUCUCUUGCAAAACAUCCCGUCGUCCACCUACGUCCUCAUUACCGAUACCAAUAUCGCACCACUACAUGUCCCCCGCUUCGAAGAUGCCUUCAACGCGGAAUUGACGAGGACAAGCUCCGAGGCGCGGCUGCUGAAGUUUAUGGUCGCUCCCGGCGAGUAUGCCAAAUCGCGGACAACAAAAGCGGAGAUUGAGGACUGGAUGCUCUCGCAAGGAUGCACGCGGGAUACGAUCGUGAUUGCGCUCGGAGGUGGUGUCAUCGGUGACAUGAUCGGCUAUGUGGCGGCGACCUUUAUGCGCGGUGUCAAGUUCGUCCAGGUCCCGACGACCCUGCUGGCCAUGGUGGACUCGAGCAUCGGCGGCAAGACCGCUAUCGAUUGUCCGCUCGGAAAAAACCUUAUUGGUGCUUUCUGGCAGCCAGAGCGUGUGUACAUCGACCUGCGGUUCUUGGAGACUCUGCCGGAGAGAGAGUUCAUCAACGGAAUGGCGGAGGUCAUCAAGACCGCGGCCAUCUGGGAUGAAGAGGAAUUUUCUAGAUUAGAGAAGAACGCUGGAUUGAUUCUGGAGACCGUGAAGGGCAAUGGCACAGGAGAGCACAAGCGCAUCGACAAGGUGCAGGAGGUCUUCAAGAGUGUCGUUCUCGGCUCAGUUCGCGUCAAGGCUCACGUUGUUUCCGCCGACGAGCGGGAGGGUGGUCUUCGCAAUCUAUUGAAUUUUGGUCAUUCGAUCGGACACGCCAUUGAGGCAAUCUUGUUCCCCCAGAUGCUCCAUGGAGAGUGUGUAUCGAUCGGAAUGGUCCGAGAGGCUGAGUUGGCCCGCCACUUGGGUGUUCUGAAGCCCGGAGCAGUCGCACGUCUGUCCAAAUGCCUCACCAGCUACGGACUCCCCACUUCACUCGACGACAAACGCGUCAAGAAGCUCACCGGCGGCAAGCACUGCGAUGUCGACAGAAUGCUGUCGAUCAUGGGUGUUGACAAAAAGAAUGACGGCCGUAAGAAGAAGAUAGUCCUCCUGUCCGGAAUCGGGCGGACCCAUGAGAAGAAGGCUUCAGUCGUACAUGACGACGCCAUCAGAGUCAUUCUGUCGCCAAGUGUCGUCGUCAACUCGCAGAAGCAGGCUGCCAAGGAACUGUCGAUUACACCCCCGGGAUCCAAGUCCAUCUCGAACCGCGCUCUGGUUCUCGCAGCUCUUGGUCACGGCACAUGUCGCAUCACGAAUCUCUUGCACUCCGAUGACACCGAGCACAUGCUCACGGCUCUGGAGCAGCUCGGAGGAAUUACCUACUCUUGGGAAGAGGAUGGAGACGUGCUUGUUGUAAACGGCAAUGGUGGAAAACUCACCGCCUGUGGGAACGAGAUUUACUUGGGAAAUGCGGGAACCGCUGCUCGGUUCUUGACCACAGUUGCCACGCUCAUCUCGCCGUCCGACAAGCACGACUCGGUUAUACUUACCGGGAAUGCCCGUAUGAAGCAGAGGCCCAUCGCCCCUCUUGUUGAAGCUCUACGCUCCAACGGAAGUGAGAUCGAGUAUGUGGAAGGACACAAGGGACUCCCUCUUCGUGUCCCUUCGACCGGAGGUCUUGCGGGUGGAAGAAUUGAGCUCGCUGCCACCAUCUCCUCGCAAUACGUCUCCUCAAUCUUGUUGGCUGCACCAUACGCGCGCGAGCCUGUCACCUUGACUCUGGUUGGCGGCAAGCCAAUUUCUCAGCUGUACGUCGACAUGACAAUCACGAUGAUGGCUUCUUUCGGUGUUAAUGUUGUCAAAUCCGAGACUGAGGAGCACACCUACCACAUUCCCCAGCAAGCCUACAAGUGUCCUGCGGAAUAUGUUAUCGAGAGUGAUGCCAGCUCCGCCACCUACCCCUUGGCUGUUGCAGCUAUCACUGGAACCACUUGCACCAUCCCGAACAUUGGAAAAAAAUCUCUCCAGGGUGACGCCCGCUUUGCGGUUGAUGUUUUGAGGCCAAUGGGCUGCACGGUAAUGCAGUCAGACUACUCUACAACCGUCACUGGACCUCCAAAGGGUCAGCUGAAGCCUAUCCCGCAUGUCGACAUGGAGCCCAUGACCGAUGCUUUCCUGACGGCUUCCGUGCUUGCCGCUGUCGCCAACGGUCCGGGCAAGACUAAUAUCACCGGUAUUGCCAACCAACGUGUGAAAGAAUGCAACCGUAUCGCGGCCAUGGUCCACGAGCUUUCGAAGUUUGGAGUCACUGCCGGAGAACUCGAGGACGGUAUCUGGAUUGAAGGCAAGGACUACACCACUCUUGGGAGCCCUGAGGCGGGUGUCCACUGUUACGAUGACCACCGUGUCGCCAUGAGCUUCUCCGUGCUCGCGUUGAUCGCUCCCGAGCCUGUCGUGCUUCUCGAGAGGAAGUGUGUUGAGAAGACCUGGCCUGGUUGGUGGGACGUCCUCGCCCAGAAGUUCGACGUCUCUCUCAGUGGUAUCGAACUUUCGAAGCCAGAGAACAAGAAAUCUCAAGUCCCCACGGCGAACAAGCGCUCUAUCAUCAUCAUCGGCAUGAGGGGUGCAGGGAAAACCACCAUGGGAAUUCGUGCUGCCAGAAUAUUGAAGCGUCCGCUUAUCGAUCUGGACACCCUUAUGGAGAUGGAGCAGGGGCGUCCGAUUCCCUCGAUCGUACGGGAAGAUGGUUGGGAGGGUUUCCGAAAGAUUGAGGUGGAAAUCCUCCAGAAGGUGGUUACUGAGAUGCCGAAUGAUCACAUCUUUGCUUGCGGUGGUGGUAUCGUCGAGACGCCGCAAGCCCGUGAAAUUCUGAAGAAUCACGUUGCUGCGGGUGGUAUCGUUAUUCACGUUUACCGCGACAUCGACAAGGUGAUGGAGUUCUUGAACAUCGAUAAGACCCGUCCGGCGUACGUCGAGGACAUGCUCGGCGUCUGGCUCCGUCGGAAGCCCUGGUACACCGAGUGCAGCAACUACCAAUACUUCAGCCCUGUGGUCUCGGCCGAGAACGUGGAUAUCGCUCAAGCCGAUUUCGCACGAUUUCUGGCCACUGUGAUCGGCAUGGCCGACUACCACGAGAAGAUUCUUGCCAAAUCGAGGUCGUUCUUCAUCUGCCUGUCUUUCCCGGAUGUUUCGGAGGCAAUCGAUAGAAUCAAGGCCGUUACCAUCGGAUCCGAUGUUGUAGAGGUCCGUGUAGACCUUCUGAGGGAUCCUGGAAACCCCGACGGCGCUCCCUCCAUCGACUUCGUCGGUCAGCAGCUUGCGCUGAUUCGAAGCCAAACCCAACUCCCGCUGCUCUUCACUAUCCGCACGAGGAGUCAGGGUGGUCUGUUCCCCGACGACGCAGUUGAUGAAGCCUUGGAGCUCUACAUCACUGCCAUCCGUAUGGGUUUGGAAUAUGUCGACCUCGAGAUGACAUGGCCGGCACAUGUGUUGGAGAAGGUGACCUCCAUGAAGGCCAACAGCAAGAUUGUAGCUUCGCACCACGAUUUCCCUGGAAACUUGCGUUGGAACAACGGAUCUUGGAUCCAUUCCUUCAACAAGGCCCUGGCACAUGGUGAUGUGAUCAAGCUCGUUGGACAGGCCAAGACCAUGCAGGACAACUACGAUCUCGAGAAGUUCCGGGAAUGGGCUACCACCCGUGAAACUCCUUUCAUUGCAAUGAACAUGGGAGAGAUUGGCAAACUGAGCAGAGUCCUCAACACGUUCCUGACUCCUGUCACCCACCCUGCACUUCCCUUCAAGGCGGCGCCUGGACAGCUUAGCAUGGUCGAAAUCCAUCAGGCUCUGACCCUUCUCGGUUUACUUCAGCCAAGAAAGUUCUACCUCUUCGGCACGCCCAUCCAGCACUCGCGGUCGCCGGCUCUCCACAACACCUUAUUCCAGGCCAUGGGAUUUCCCCACCAGUAUGAGCUGUUUGAGUCGGAAGAUGUUGAAGCCACCAAGCAGAUCCUUAGCAGCCCUGACUUUGGUGGUGCAUCCGUCACGAUUCCCCACAAGAUCGCCGUGAUGCCCCUCCUCGACGAGAUCUCACCCGAAGCGCAGCUAAUCGGUGCCGUCAACACUAUUGUGCCCUUCCCCACUGCCGACGGCGGCAGGAAGUUGGUUGGCUACAACUUUGACUGGUCCGGUAUUCAAACCUCUCUCUACCGCGGCGGCGUCAAAGAUCUCGACGAGCCCGGCAACGCCCUUGUUAUCGGUGCCGGCGGAACGUCUCGCGCAGCCAUCUACGCGCUCCACGCCAUGCGCUACUCAACCAUCUACGUGGUGAACCGCUCCCCCGACAAGAUCACACCCAUCAUCGAGUCCUUCCCCAAGGACUACAACAUCAUCGCCGUCACUUCGGUCGAGCAGGCGAAGAAGAUCAAGCAGCGACCUGUCACUGCCGUCGGCACCAUUCCUGGCGAUAGCCCAGUCCCCGAGGCGCUGGUAGGCAUCCUGAAAGAGAUGCUCAAGAAGGGCGAGGAGGAGACGAGAGGCGACAGGGUCAUGGCUGAGUUGGCGUACAAGCCGCGCUAUACCCCGUUGAUGCAGCUCGCUGAGGAGCUGGGUUGGAAGACGGUUCCUGGGCUUGAGGCUCUUACUGGACAGGGAGUGAGACAGUUUGAGGUUUUCACCGGUGGCAUCGUGCCGGAUUAUCCUCAGGCUAGGAAUGCGGUGUUGGGAGUGUAGAGGGUUUGGGUUUGCUUUGCUUUCGGAAACUUUUUCGUGGUAGUCAAAAUGUGGGCAAAAAUAAAUGGUUUGGGCGGUUUUUCUCCGAUGUUGGUCACCUUCAUCCGAAGACUCGUGAUCACUAACUCGUGAUACAUCAAUAAAUCAUGUAUGUAUAGCCCUACUUCGCAGCCGUCACUCGGCAAAAUCGCACCGCAUCAUGUCAUACAAGAAUCCGGAGAACAGG